AUGGCUUUGUUUCCACCAGUGGAUUCUGUGCUGUCAUAUCCUAAGCUUGUUAGCAGUUCCCAGCUGCAACACCAGAAGAACAACUUUCAGCGUGAAAUCACACCGGACAAAGUCAAAAGUUUAAAGGAUCUCUAUGCCCAAAAGAGCCAAAGCCAUUUGUGUUCGUAUUCUGCAGAAAGCAAUCAAUACAUCUACAGGCACAGAGACUUCUGUUCAGAUGGACUGCAGAGCAAGUAUCUCACCAGCCAGACCAAGGAUCUCACCAGCCAGACCAAGGCUCUGCCCGUUAAAUCAGUAGGCGGACAGAAAGAAGGAGUGGACCGUGCUUGUCCCCUGAAACCAGUUUUUCACCACAAGGGCAUGAGUGUUCCAGUGGUCAAAACAGCACAGCUCGGAACUUCCCCAUACAUGGAGGAACCUCCAAAUAGUAGGCCUAGCUCACUGAGCAAAGGGACGCCUCCAGCAGGAAGCUCUACACUAGCUGCAGCUCUCUCUCCUCGGACAGCAGAGCCAAAACAGUCAGCCUCUUAUCUAUAUAGGAGAGAAUCGGCUUACAUACUGAAGUUAGAGGCAGAUGGACGGAACAUGGAAGAGGAAAUUCGAAAGAAGGAAGCCCUCCUCAGAGAGAAGCUGAGGAGAACAGAGGAGUUGCUUAGGAGGAUUCAAAGAGAGAAGGAGCUUGUUGGUGCAGAGGAGAGAAAAGACAGAGAAGCAGAGAAGACCCAUGAGCAGAAGGCUGCAAGGCAUCCUGAGGUGAAAACUGUCAGAGUUGCCAUCAGGCCAGAUGAUGGAGUCUUUGGUGGGGUGCAGUCAGCAGAGGCCACUAUCCCGAAGCCUGGCACUACCUUCCACUCCCAAGAGCUGGCUAUGGGGAAGCUCAAGAAGGAGCGGCUGGUGGCCGGCAACAGCAAAAUUCGAGACCGCGUACCCAUGGAGCGUUUAGCCUCUUCUUCAAAGCUGUCCCCAAAACAUACUCCUUCUCCCUGUGCCCUCUCUGACCGAGAUUCUGGUUGCCACCUAUCAGCAGAGGUGCUGCAUGUGCAGAAUGCCAGUGCUGUGGAGCCGGAGGGGCUUGGACAGUGCAGCUUCUGCGGACGGAAGUUUCUCUGCACUAGGCUUGAGAAGCACAUGAGUAUCUGCAGAAAGAGCCAAGGCUCCAGGAAAGCGUUUGACUCCAGAAAGGCCAGAGCUAGGGGCACAGCACUGGAACAGUAUCAGCAGCGGGAGAGCUCAGAGAGGCCUCAGAAUAAACCACCCAGCAGUAACUGGAAAGAGAAGCACACGGUUUUAAUCCAGACCCUGUGCCAGACCCGCCAGGUGCAGCAAGUCCUCUCUAAGGGCGGGAAGGUGUCUGACCUGCCCCCAUUGCCUCCCAUUGAAAACCCGGACUAUGUUGCCUGCCCCCACUGCAGACGACGAUUUGCUCCCCGAGCAGGUGAGAGACAUAUUCCCGCAUGCAAAAACAUCAAGAGCAGGCCCCCGCCCCCCCCACGGAGGAGGCAAUGCUGA